UAUCCGUAAAAUGCCAACGGUGACUGACAGUUGGACUAUUGUCAAUUUUCUACAUUGAUUUUAAUAUCGCGGCUAAUAAUAAUACACGUAGCAAUAUUUUGUGACCAAUUUUAACGCAACCAAUGUGUAUGGUUGCAAAUGCAUAAAUUUUCAUUGAAAAAUAUCCAAACGAUAAUAUCAAAAUGUCUGGAGACGAUGAAAUUGGAAGCGGCAAUAUUUUAACAAACAACAAUAUGGAUGUGAUUUUCCUCGGUCAAAAUUCAAACAAUAAUUGUUCAACGGCAACGCAAGGGAUAGCGGCCACAACAAACAGAGAUACAACAACCAACAACCGAUUUCCAAAUAAGUACAAUAAUUCGUGUAAAACUCUACAACGCAAGUUAGAGCUGAAAGUGGAACGUGCCAAAAAGAAUUACUCACAACAGAAUGGAAGUGAUGUAGUUAAUGAUACAAAAUGUAACAACGCAUCGUUGAUACCAAUAAAUCGACUUCCAAUACCUGGUUAUACCCUUCCACUUGUUGAAUACAAAUCCGAUCAUAGUGAUAGUGAAGAUGAGGAAUUUACGUCGCCAUUUUUUCCGACCAAAACAAAAGCCAUCAAAAAACUUGAUCUGAGUGAUACGUUUAGCAUACAAGAAAUGACCAUUGAGAGUGACGAUUCAGACGGUGAAAGCGGUGAUUCACAAAAUUUGGAACUAUUACCACCUAGUGUUCGCAUCAAGUUCAUCGAUAAAAUCAUAAAUUACUUUUGUUGUUCGUCACCCUGAGUGAUCAAUGCAACGCAUUCCUGGUUACCAUUCAAAUAUCAAACGCCUUUUUUCCCAAAUUAUACAGCGAAUCCGAUAGGAAAGCCAUGUGCAAAGACUGUUUUUAAACGAAUUCAACAAUGGAAAAAUGAGAAAAUCAAACAAAUAAUGCCCAUUAAUUCUAUUAGUGUGUGUGUGUGUGUAUGCGUGUGUGUGUGAACACAUUUUUUUAUAAGAUGAUAUACUUACAAUGUCGAUACCCUUUUGAUGAAAUAAAAUAGA